UCAUCUGUAAUAAUGUACAAGAUGCAUUUCUCAUAAGAAUCUAGAGUAUUCUAGUCUGGAUUUUGAACAUUCCUCAGCAGAAAUUUUCAGCAUCUCUACCUUUGCUAGUUCUAUAUGCAUUACAAGUUUCAGUUAAGAUGAUUGCUGGAGUUUCCAUGGAGUGUGCUAUGAGCCUAUGACUAAAUAAUAGUUCUUGGUCCUCACUACACUCUCAUGUUUAACCAUGACCAUUGGUAGCAGUCAGUGAUGGAGUCCAUUUCCAGUUGUAGAUGUUGUUGCCAUUGGUUUUAUGGUAUGUGUUCUAGCAGGAUCAGGAUCACCACACAAUUUCAAUUUCUUUUAUUUGUAUGUUUCUCAAUUCAGCUAACCGUUCUUUUAGUCAAGCUGCACAACAUCCCAUAUGAAAAAUCAUUCUGAUCCGAUGAUCCUAACCAUCUGAUCAAUAACAAGAAAAACAUAUAGUUAAGAUGAUGUAGGACAAUCCCUUUAUCUCUUCCAAAUAAAAAACUACUAAGUAUCUUUUUUCUUUUUUCUUUUUUCCUAACUCAAGUUAGAUUUGAUUUUGGUUCAAAUGAUCAAGACUUCGUGGAUACUUUGUUGAUACUAUGCAGGGGCCAAAGAGCAAAGCCAUUGAUUAUAGAUCCUGGGCUUUACUUGACGACAAAGAAUGAUAUUUCCUGGGCUACACAGAUGAGAGAAGUGCCAACUGCAUUCAAGUUAUUUUACUGGUAAUCAUGUUUUCUCAAUACACCACAAUCACAAUAGUUUAAGAUAGUUAUAGAAAGUAAUAUCAAAACAAACAAUUGAAAAAACCAAUUUGCUGAUUGUUAAAAAUAAAUAAAUAAAUAAAAAAAGAAGAAAAUAAUAAAUGCGAGUCACAUUGUGGCUGAAAUUCGAUGUUUCUGUAUCUUUUGACUUUCAUGGUGCAAGUUUCAGCUGAUUCUGGACAUUCAUGGAAAAAGUAUGGGCCGAUAUGCAUCCAGGAGGAAAUGGGCUGUAUAGAAAAGUUCACGUCCAGCUCCUGUACACGAUCAUUUAACCAUCCUUUUGUUCCCCCAAUUCCCUACUUCCACUCCAAAACCCCUCCCUCGCUCCCUCUCUCACUCUGGGAUGUGAGUUUCUCUCGAUUGGAAGUAAAUGGCGCUGAAGGGAAAGAAAAUAGCGGGGAAAUCUUCCACAGGGAAGCGGAAAUCCGCUUCCAAAUCCUCCGAUGCUGCGGAGAAAUCCGGUUCUCGGAGAAAGAGAAGGCCCAACGUCAUGAAGUUCGUCGGUGAUGAGGCCGUUGACGCUGACUCCGACGGUGAAGAUGAAGGUGAUAGCAAAGAUGAAGAUGAGCAAGAUUUUGUGGAUGACACUAAGUCAGAGAUGAAAGGCAAGAAUGAAUCUGGAAGAGCACACCAUCUUCCUUUUUUGCUGAAAGAAGAAGAAUUGAGUGACGAGGAAUUGGAGAACUUACUAAAAAAGAGAUAUAGUCGUGACUCAGAGUAUAUUUCAUAUGCUGAUGAAAAUAAAGAGACUAAAGACUGAUGAGAAAGAAUCUUCCAUGCAUUCUAUGAAGGAUCCAACUGUCUGGAGGGUCAAAUGCAUGGUUGGACGUGAAUGGUAUAUAGCAUUCUGCCUCAUCCAGAAGUAUGUGGAUGUGCAAACCCUUGGAACUAAGCUACAGAUAAUAUCUGCAUUUGCUCUUGAUCAUAUGAAAGGUUAUAUAUACAUUGAAGCUGAUAGGGAGUUUGAUGUUGCUG